AUGGCAUCAAAAUGUCGAAUGUUCAAAGUUAAUAUAUCUAAUAUAAUUAAUGUCGAAUUGAUAGCUAAGUCAGAAUGCAAUUGUGAACGAAUGGCAGAAUUGAUGGCAUCAGUUGAAGGAAAAAGAACAAACGAUAUAGCACAACUUGGUGUUGAUCUUACAUUAAAACGUUGUCAAUGGCUUAUUGAGUAUAUCCGACAUGAAUUUGCAAAUCUUCAUCAUGAAUUUAAUGAUCGAUUAUAUGUAUUAUCAAAAGAAAUAAAUAUUGAUGUGAUUGAUGCAAAAUUACAAACAGAAGACAUAAGAGUACAAGAUGGUCUGCACCCCACAUUAUCAUCUGGUCGACAAAAAUUUGAAAAUGUACAACAGCAAUGGUUUGCUCAGCAAGCAAUGCAUGUAUCCAAAACAACUGUACAACAACUACAACAACAACAACAACAUAAUAGAAGAACAAUAAUAACAACAACAAUAAUUUAA